AUGGCCCCAAAACCCGUAGAAAAUGAUAUUUUAGCUAAUAUACCACCCCCAAGAGCAGCUGUCAAUAUGGAGCGUGGAAGACCCGGAGAUGAUAUUCGACAAAUGCGUCCUGGACAUCAUCCAGGAUUACGUGCUGCAUCAGAGAUGAGAGCACAGCAGCAACAAGCAGGCAGUGGCAGAGGUAUGAUGGGUAUUGUGUUGCCUAUGUAUGCUGUGGGCAUUGUGCUCUAUCUUGUCUACACUUUGGUCAAGGUUUUCAGCAAGCGAAGUGAACCUGAGCCACGGGAAAAAGAUCCUUUAGCUCAGUUACGUAAUUUCAAAUAUGAUGAUAGAAAAGGGAAAUUCACUUUUGGCGAAGAUUUUGAUCCUGAUGAUGACUUCAGAGAUUAUCUCAGGAAAAAGCACAAACAGCAAGAAUUAGAAGAAUUAAUCAACAAAGCUGAUGACCGGCAUAUCACUGAACUUGAAAUGCGGCAACUACAGCAACGCUUAGAAGAGACAGAAAGUCAAAUGACAAGAAUUCUUCAAGCUAUGCAAUCAGUCCAGCAGCAUGUCAGUGGGGUUGUGGAUCGAGCAUCUGCAAACAGUAAUAUACAUGAGUGUGCACAAACUUCAAAUGACGAAACUAAAGAAAAUCCAAAUGUUCAUGAAGAGAAAUGCCCAGAAAUUUCUGAAAAUGAGGAUAAACACUGUGAAAAAUGUGAAAACAGCAAUGUUGUUCCUUCAGAUUCUAAUCCUGACCUUGAAAGUUAUGAAGUACUGGCAACAAAUAGCAAUGGAAGUGAAGCAAGUAGUGAUUAUUCCUUACUGAAUGAAAAUGGAGGCUCCCGCAAUUCUCCUGAAGUUGAAAGUAUUUUUGCAUCCUCCUUUUUCUGUCUUCCUCUGUUGUUUUCUUUCCCUGUAUUUCUCUCUCUUAUUCUCUGA